UUAAAUCUUUUUAUUUAAAAUAAAAAGGACAUUGUCUUAAGUAACAAAAUAAAAUAAUUUAUUAGAAUAAUUAUGGAUCAAACAACACAAGAUUUACAAGAAAAUUGGAAUGAGGUAUUUCAAUGAAGUAUUUUGCAAGCAUGUCGAAACAUUCGAAGAAUUAAAUUUGAGCAAAGAUUUAUUAAGAGGCAUCUUCUCUUAUGGUUUCGAAAGACCAUCAGCCAUCUAACAAAAAGCCAUCAAACCAGUCAUUAUAGGAAAGGAUGUCUUGGCACAAGCAUAAUCAGGUAUGUUAUUAUCAUCUAAUGAUUCUUUUUAGGAACUGGAAAAACUGGUACAUUCACCAUUGGUGCUUUACAGAGAAUCGACCCAAACCAAAGAAAGACUCAAGUCAUCAUUCUAGCACCAGUUAGAGAAUUGGCAAAGCAAAUUUAUGAUGUGGUUAAAGGAAUUGGUCAAUACUUGAACAUCGAAGCCUUCUGUUGCAUUGGUGGUACCUCAACCUAGGAGACCAGAGAAAAAUGCAAAUAAGGAGUGCACAUCAUUAUCGCUACUCCAGGUAGAUUGAUCGAUAUGAUGAAAAACAAAUAUUUGGAUGCCACAUUUAUGAAAUUGCUUGUUGUAGAUGAAGCUGAUUAAAUGUUAGACUAAGGUUUUAGUGAUAACUUCGCAGAAAUCCUAAAAAUGGUUCCAGGAGAUAUUUAAAUUGGUAUUUCUGACAUUUAAGUUUUUGCUAGCAUUAUUUAGUGCUACUUUCCCAUAAGAAAUUAUUGAAUUGAGUAAAUAGUUCUUAAGAGACGGAACAGCUAAGAUUUUGGUUAAGAAAGAAUAAUUGACAUUGGAGGGUAUUAGAUAAUUCUACAUUGCCAUCCAACAAGAAGAUCAAAAAUUCAGAGUUUUGGUUGAAUUGUAUAAGAAUCUUACAGUUUCUUAAUCAAUCUUAUUCUGCAACUCCAAAAAAACCGUUGAUGAUUUGUAUGACAAAUUGACCGCUGAAGGUUUUACUGUCAGUAAAAUCCACAGUCAAAUGGAACAAAAAGAGAGAGAAUAAGUAAAUCUAUUGUAGCUAUAGUAGGUUAUGCAAGAAUUCAAAAAAGGAGCUGCCAGAAUCCUUGUUUCAACAGAUCUUAUGGGUAGAGGAAUUGAUGUCCAAUAAUUGUCAUUAGUCAUCAAUUAUGAAUUCCCAAGAUUAAAGGAGCAAUACAUCCAUAGGUAAUACUAUGUUAAUAUAUUAUUUUAGAGUUGGAAGAGCUGGUAGAUAUGGUAGAAAGGGAGUUGCCAUUAAUAUGGUAGCACAACAAGAAGCUAAUCUCUUGUUAGAAGUUGAAAAAUAUUACAACACUAAAAUUGAUGAAAUGCCCAAAGAUUUAGCUGAAGUAGAAAAAGAAUUAAGUUGAAAUAUGGGUAUUUGUUAUAAAAGAGUAUAAAUAUCAAUU